AUGUGGAGAAUUAAGGUGAAGCCAUUUACUCGUCAUGGUGACAGCAGAUCCCCAGCUUCUGCCCAAAAGUCAUCACGCAGAUCAACAGUCCCAACACCUGCCAAAAGGAGAAGUAGCGUCCUGUGGUCAGAGACGUUAGGCGUCAACAUUAGAGAGUCUUUAACUGCGAAAGAAAUCAAACGUCAGGAGGCAAUAUAUGAAAUGUCCCGAGGUGAACAGGAUUUAAUUGAAGAUCUCAAACUUGCAAGAAAGGCCUACCACGACCCCAUGUUAAAGUUGUCUAUCAUGUCAGAAGAGGAACUCACACAUAUAUUUGGUGACUUGGAUGCUUAUAUACCUUUGCAUGAAGAUUUUUUGGCAAGAAUAGGAGAAGCAACCAAGCCUGAUGGGACAGUGGAGCAGAUCGGUCACAUUCUUGUGAACUGGUUGCCAGGCUUGAAUGCCUACAAAGGCUACUGUAGUAACCAGCUGGCAGCCAAAGCUCUUCUUGACCAAAAGAAACAGGACCCAGGAGUCCAGGACUUUCUCCAGCGAUGUCUUGAGUCUCCCUUCAGCCGAAAACUAGAUCUGUGGAGCUUCCUCGAUAAUCCCCGAAGUCGCCUAGUCAAGUACCCUUUACUAUUAAAAGAAAUUCUUAGACAUACUCCAGAAGACCACCCUGAUGUUCAGCUUUUGCAGGAAGCUAUAUUGAUAAUACAAGGAGUUCUCUCUGAUAUCAACUUGAAGAAAGGAGAAUCAGAAUGUCAGUAUUACAUCGACAAACUGGAGUAUCUGAAUGAAAGGCAGAAGGAUCCUCGAAUUGAAGCAAGCAAAGUAUUGCUUUGCCACGGGGAGCUGAAGAAUAAAAAUGGACGUAAAUUUUACGUUUUCCUAUUUCAAGACAUCUUGGUUUUGACUCGUCCUGUUACACGAAACCAGCGUCACUCUUAUGAAGUUUACCGACGACCAAUCCCCGUCCAAGAGCUCGUCUUGGAAGACCUGCAGGAUGGAGAUGUGAGAGUGGGUGGGUCCUUUCGAGGGGCUUUUGGCAACUCACAUAAAGCUAAAAAUAUCUUUAGAGUUGGCUUUCAAGACCCCUCUCCAGGCCAGUCUCACACUCUGCAAGCCAAUGAUGUGUUCCACAAACAGCAGUGGAUCAACUGUAUUCGAGCCGCCAUAGCCCCUUUCCAGCAGGCCACCAGUCCAGCCGAGCUACAGGGUUUGCCCCAGCUCCAUGAGGAGUGCGUCGAGAACAACCCCUCCGCUGGGACUGUCGAAACCCAGAAAAGGGCAUCUACAGCACCCAGUGUGACUCAGGUCGAAGUUGAUGGGGAUGCUUCAGCGUGUGUCUCCCCUGCGUGCACCACAGACAACAUGAAGAGUGUCAGCACACCGAGCACAGCCUGGCUUCGCAAAGCCAAGGGACAAAUCUUCAUUGGGUGUUGAAUGGAAAGAGAUGUCAGUAUAAAGGAAGUUCUGUGUAUUACUGGUGCAGAGCCUGUUUAUUUAUAAAUGUUUACAGUUUGGUUUUUGUAAUGUGAGCAUGGGUGCGUUGCAGGGUUACUUAAUACUAGUCUUCACAUUUUUUGUUACUGCUUUUUUUUUGUUUUUUUUUAAUGGCAGCUAAAGAUACAUAUACAGAUUACUGUUAAAACUGCAGCCUUCUUUUUUAAGAUAUAUUCUCAUAAUUUGGAACAUGCAAGCCUGGUAUUUUUAAUCAAAUGAAAUAUUUAUGGAAUGGGUUACUUCUUUAUUCUAAAUUCGUUAGGACUUUCCAAUACCUACCUAUUGUGAUAUUUACAAUAUCUACCAAACCUUAAAAUUUUUCAAGUACUGGAAUUUUACCAGUGUUUCUUUGAUAAACUGCGUGUGCGGAAUUUGAAAUUUUAACAUUGUCUCCUAAAAUCUACACAGAAUACAGGUGUGUAAUACAUUAUAAUUUAUACUGUAUAAAAGGAACAUAAGUUCCUUUUGAAACAAAGCAUCAAACUUUAUACAGAUUUUCCAUUUUAUGAACUGGAAUAUUUUAUAUUAGUUUUUUUCACUACACCUUCCUCAUUUUCAUUCACUUAACCUCCAAUUAUUUAAUUUUUUUUUCUUAUAAUGUAGUUUUUAGUAUUCGCUUCAUUUAUUUAUUUUUUACUUUGACACCUUUACAGAUUGGUAGCCUUUAUUUUUUCACCUUGAUAAAAAUGUGUACAUAUGUGCAUAUAUAGAUAUAUAUAUAUGUUUUUUAAAUCAUAUUACCUUUAUCAACGGAAACCAAGCCAUACUGUUUUUGAGCCAGUUAAGAAAACUGCGAUUUUUCCAGUGUAGUAUUGCAAGGUGGUGAACACACAUGAACUGACUCAGUGUAUUCUGGACUACUGACAGAAAACCACCUUAAGGGUUUUCUUGAGAGCUUUAGUGUUGUCUGAAAAGCAAGAGGGCAGGCAGUUGGCUGCUAAUACAUAAAAAAGAGGGAAAAAGAGAGUAGUUUGGUCUUAAGGUAAAAAUAUCUGGUUGUGCUAGAACAUGCAAGAAGAUAGUAAAAGCUAAACUUGCGGGUGUAGAGUAAGUUAUAGAAGGCUUGGGGAAAGUGAAUUUUAUUUGUUGGUUUAUAAUACCUGCAAAUAAUGAGUUAGAAAAGAAGCAGGUGUGUUGAAAUUCUGACCAUACUAUAUCAAUUUUUGUGGAUUUAUUCAUGAGGUAAAAAUAAUGAAUCUUUUACUCUAAAAUAUUUCUGUUCAAAUGAGAUCAUACUCUUUAAGUGGAGGACUAAAUGCUCUGUGUCACAGCAGACUUAUAAUGUUGAUCAUUCAAGGAAAUGUUGACUAUUCUGUGAACUGUAUUUGGCCAGCGCAAGUGAAAAUGGAGAAAGAUUGUAAAUAGAUCAAUCCGAAUGACUUCUUUUUAUUUUAUUUAUUUAUUUAUUUAUUUAUUCGUUUGUUUAUAUUUUUGUUAUCAUUAAUCUACAAUUACAUGAACACUAUGUUUACCAGGCUACCGCUCUCAGCAUGUCCCCCCGCCCACUACAGUCACUGUCCAUCAGCGUAGCAAGUUGCUGUAUAAACAGCACCUGUCUUCUCUGUGUUGUACAGCCCUCCCUGUACCCCCCACAACACUAUACAUGCUAAUCGUAAUGCCCCCUUUCUUUUUCCCCACCCUUAUCCCUCCCUUCCCACCCAUCAUCCACAGUCCCUUUCCCUUUGGCACUGUUAGUCCAUUCUUGGGUUCUGUGUUUCUGUUGCUGUUUUGUUCCUUCAGUUUUUGCUUUGUUCUUAUACUCCACAUAUAAGUGAAAUCAUUUGGUACUUGUCUUUCUCUGCCGGGCUUAUUUCACUGAGCAUAAUACCCUCUAGCUCCAUCCAUGUUGUUGCAAAUGGUAGGAUUUGUUUUCUUCUUAUGGCUGAGUAAUAUUCCAUUGUGUAUAUGUACCACCUCUUCUUUAUCCAUUCGUCUACUGAUGGACACUUAGGUUGCUUCCAUUCCUUGGCUAUUGUAAAUAGUGUUGUGAUAAACAUAGUGGUGCAUAUGUCUUUUUGAAACUGGGAAACUGCAUUCUUAGGGUAAAUUCCUAGGAGUGCAAUUCCUGGGCCAAAUGGUAUUUCCAUUUUUAGUUUUUUGAGGAACCUCCAGACUGCUUUCCAUAAUGGUUGACUAGUUUACAUUCCUACCAGCAGUGUAGGAGGUUUCCCCGUUUCUCCAUAUUCUUGCCAGUAUUUGUUGUUCCUAUUCUUUGCUAUGUUGGCCAUCCUAACUGGGUGAGGUGAUAUCUCAUUGUGGUUUUAAUUUGCAUUUCCCUGAUAAUUAGCAAUGUGGAGCAUCUUUUCAUGUGCCUGUUAGCCAUCUGAAUUUCUUCUUUGGAGAAUUGUCUGUUCAUAUCCUCAGCCCAUUUUUUAAUAGGGUUAUUUGUUUUUUGGGUAUUGAGGUGUAUGAGUCCUUCAUAUAUUUUGGAUGUUAACCCCUUGUCAUAUAUGUCAUUUAUAAAUAUAUUCUUCCAUACUGUAGGAUGCCAUUUUGUUCUGCUGUUAGUGUCCUUUGCUGUACAGAAGCUUUUUUAGCAUGAUGUAGUCCCAUUUUUUUCAUUUUUUUAUUUUGUUUCCCUUGCCCAAGGAGAUGCGUUCAGGAAAAAGUUGCCCAUGUUUGUAGUCUAUAGAUUUUUGCCUAUGUAUUUUUCUAUGAGUUUUAUCAUUUCAUGACUUACAUUCAGGUCUUUAAUCCAUUUUUAGUUUACUUUUGUGUAUGAGGUUAAACAAUAAUCUAGUUUUAUUCUCUUGCAUAUAGCUGUCCAGUUUUGCCAACACCAGCUGUUGAAGAGCUUGUCGUUUCCCCAUUGUAUAUCCAUGGCUCCUUUAUCAUAUAUUAAUUGACCAUAUAUGCUUGGGUUUAUAUCUAGGCUCUCUAGUCUGUUCCAUUGGUUUAUGGGUCUGUUCUUGUGCCAGUACCAAAGUGUCUUGAUUACUGUGGCUUUGUAGUAGAACUUGAAGUUAGGGAGCGUAUUUCCCCCAGCUUUAUUCUUCCUUCUCAGGAUUGCUUUGGCUACUCGGGAUCUUUUGUGGUUCCAUAUGAAUUUUAGAAUUAUUUGCUCUAGUUUGUUGAAGAAUGCUGUUAGUAUUUUGAUAGCAAGUGCAUUGAAUCUGUAGAUUGCUUUAGGCAGCAUGGCCAUUUUGACAAUAUUAAUUCUUCCUCUCCAUGAGCAUGGGAUGUGUUUCCAUUUAUUGGUAUCUUCUUUAAUUUCUCUCAUGAGUGUCUUGUAGUUUUCAGGGUAUAGGUCUUUCACUUCCUUGGUUAAGUUUAUUCCUACGUGUUUUAUUCUUUUUGAUACAAUUUUGAAUGGUAUUGUCUUCCUGAUUUCUCUUUCUGCUAGUUCAUCAUUAUAGGAAUGCAAGAGAUUUCUGUAUAUUCAUUUUGUAUCCCACAACUUUGCUGAAUUCGGAUAUUAGAUCUAGUAGCUUUGGAGUGGAUUCUUUAGGGUUUUUUAUGUACAAUAUCAUGUCAUCUGCAAACAGGGACAGUUUAACUUCUUCCUUGCCUGUCUGGAUGCCUUUUAUUUCUUUGUGUUGUCUAAUUGCUGUGGUUAGGACCUCCAGUACUAUGUUCAGUAAAAGUGGGGAGAGUGGGGGAAGGUUUUUUACUAAGUGAAAUAAUUUUUCAUUAAUUUGAGUUGUGCUAAGUUGUAUGUUUUAUGGACUAUGUCUAAUUUAUAUUGGCAUAUAGUUUCUUUUUUUAUAAUAUCUUAUGUUUGUGGGAUGUAUAGUGAUCCUACAGGAUGCGUCUUUUUCAUUCCUGACAUUAUUUGUACCUUUUUAAAAAGGAGUUAACCAUGUAUUAGUCUUAAACAAACCCAUUGUCUUAAUUGACAAUUCCUCUAUUAUAUAUGUUUCCUUUUCAUUAAAAUAUGUUAUCUUUAUUAUUUCCUUGUUUCUGUGGGCUGAAUUUUCUGUUCUUUGUCUAACUUCUUGAAGUUGACACUCAGUGCAUCGAUUUUUCAGUCUCUUUUUUCUAUUGUAUGCCUUUAGUGUUACACAUUUCAUGUAAGUGUGGUUUGAAUAUAUAGUUUUUUGGUCAUUGGGUUAAUAUUGUUUCUAUAAUUUCCUUUGUGAUUUCUUCUUUGGCCCACAGGUACUUAUAAAUUUACUUAUUAAUUUUCGAAGAUUUUCUAGUCAAUCAGCUUAAUUCCAUUGGAACUAAAGAACAUACUCUGGUAUGAUCUUGAUUUUUUUGAAAUAUACUGAGACUUGCUUUAUGACUCUGAAUAUGUCAAUUUUGGAAAAUGUUCUUUGUGUUUUUGAAGAUCAUAUAUAUUCUGUAGUCAGUAGGUGUAAUGUUCUAUAUGCAUAUCCAUCAAAAAAGGUUUGUUUAGUGUUUAGAUUAUUAGUAUCCUUAUUGAUUUUUUUGACUGUUUUAACUAUGAGAGAAGUGUGUUAAAAUCUUUCACUACAAUCUAUCAAACUGUGGUUUUGAACAUUUCUUUUUGUAUUUUUUGCUGUGUAUGUUUUGAAGCUAUAUUACAAGAUAGAAGCAAAUGUAGAAUUGUAUCUUCUGGGUGUAUGGGCAUUUUUAUUAUUAUGCAAUAUUCUUUAGCUGUAAUGUUUCUUGUUCUAAAGUCAUAUUUAUCUGAUAGCAGUAUAACUACCAUGGCUUUCUUUUGAUUUGUGUUUUCAUGGUAUAUCUUGUUUUGUAGUCUUGCUUUUGACCUUUCUGUAUUAUACCUAAAUGCAUUUAUUUAAGUAGUGUAGUUUUUAAAAAAUCCAUCCUGGAAUUAUUUAUCUUUCAAUUGACAUAUUUAGUUCAUUUACAUUGAGGAUAAUAACUGAUGUAUUUGGGCCUAAAACUGUUGUCUUACCAUUUGCUUUUUAUUUGUUCCUUCUAUUCUAUAUUCUUUUUAAAAUCUCUUUUGUCUUUGGAUUAUUUUCUGUAUCCCAGAUUAAGCUUUAUUUCUCUUGUAUUGGUUAUCCUAGAGAUUGUAGUAUGCAUCCUUGUCUUAUUAAAGUCUAAUGUAAAUUAAUA